AUGCCUGAUGACAAUUCCUCUUCAACUUCGCCUACAGCUCCGCGGCCUAAGCCAGCCAGAUCGGCAACAUCGGGAACCGUCCGUGGCAGAACAUCUCCAACUCCUGGUGCCUCUGGCGAGCAGAACGGCGAUGGCCGUCCCCCUACCAAACGUGCCCGAAAAGCCAUCAACUGCGAGCCAUGUCGAAAUAGCAAAUUGAAAUGCGAUAGAAAUCGACCAUGCUCCUCCUGUGUGUUGCGAGGUUUGUACCCGGGAGGUUACUUUUGUAGAGCAGCCACCAGAUGA